AUGACCAUUCUCAGACACGAUCUGGUGAUCGAGACUGGUGUCUUAUACCGUGUACAGCUCACCCUCUUCCUCUGUAUCUUGACGGCGGUGAUUUUGAGAUCAAUUUGUCAUUUGAGUGAUCACAGUUGUCCCAGUGAAAAGUGCAUCGACAGUUCAUCAGCCAUGAAGUCUGUUCUUUUGUUGCUUUUUGUCCUAGUCCUCGUGGCGAUAUCGCGCGCCGAAAUGAAUAGUGGCAUGAAGACUAAGCGAGCCUACACCUUAGGAUAUGGAUACGCCCACGCUCCCGUCUACGCUGCCCAUGCUCCUGUACUCCAUCAUGCUGUGGCUGCUGCACCUGUUGCAUAUCAUGCCCCUGUUGCCAAAUAUGCUGCAACUUCAUAUGUAUCCUCUGCAAUUAAUCACGCGCCGAUCAUCGCUGCAGCUCAUGCUCCCUAUGUUGCACAUGCUGCUCCUGUCGUUGCUCAUGCGGCUCCUGUUGUGGCUCAUGCUCCUGUUGUUGCCCAUGCAGCACCUCUUCUCAGCCAUACUUCCCUCUUGCAUCAUGAUCCCUAUCUUCCGGCUGCAAUUCAUCAUCCCUUGCCAUAUUACUACCAUCGUCGCUGA